AUGAGCAUCGUUGAUGAACGCUUUGAACACCUGCGCGAUAUUCUAAGUACUAUAAGAGACGAAACUCCGAUAAUUCCUGAAAACCCAUCUGAAGAAUGGAAAAAGGAGCAAGAGAAAGUCAUGGCCGUACCACCUCCGGGAAUGCAUGUUCUUCGCCCGUUUAUUUCCGCCUAUCGUCUAGCUACGCUUUUGGAGGAAGAAUGCAACUGCCCAUUGAAACAUGGUUACUCAUUGAAUGCUCCGAAUGUUCCUCUGCUUGAUUUUUCACCUAACUCUUCCACCCCACUCGUUCUCCAUAUUGAGCAAGUCUGGUUGAUCUUUGGCCAACUCCCCAAAGCCAUCCUUCACCCGUUUAACCAUCUACGUGAGGAUCCCAAGGAGCAGCAUAAGGAUUCCGACGGUUGGGAACCACGCCCAUCUGCGAAAUCUUACUAA